AUGAGCCCCCCUUCUCCCAAGAAGAAGAACGGCGGCAAUGGUUCUGGGCAACGACAGAUUCGUUUCGUCGCCACCGACGGCCAGCCGCAGACCAAGCGCCGCCGCGUCAACGCCGCCUGCUUGACUUGUCGCCGGCGCAAGAUUCGCUGCUCGGGAGAACAACCAGUGUGCAAGACAUGCUCCGAUUAUAAGCAUGUGUGCCUCGGGUACAGCGAAUCCACCGCCCACCUGCGAUCGCAAUCCGAUUCCACCUCUCGACCGCCCGGUCCUCCCCUCGGUCAACGUGAUUCCAAUAGUCAACAUUCAAGGGCGGUGGAGAGCUCUUCGCCGGAGGCUCCACCCAGAUCAAUCCCCGGAUCGAAACAAAAUCAGUCCCCGCAAAUACCCAAACAAGUUGAGAACAAGGAUGCCUCUUUAUCAAGAGAUAACUCGGCGCGUACGAAUAAGGAAACGGAUUCCCAACUUGUCGUCGAUACCCCAGAAAGUAGUCGCACCUCUUUGAGCUCCGGAAGCCGCACACAUGUACCAUAUUUCAGAUAUUUUGGGCCCACGGCCAUCGUACCCGGCUUCAAGCAGAUGGUUGUCCAAGUUCGAGGAUCGCGAAAGAGUAACCCAUCGAUGUCAUCUGAUUCUCUUUCGCCGCUUCGAAGUCCGAAACCGUCUGAUAACCCUUCUGGUCUAUCGGCCACAGCGGCAGAACAUCGUGACAGUCGUGAUAGUCGCGAUAGUCGCGACUCUAACUCGAUUCCAUUUUACGAUCGUGACGAUACCCUCCCAGUUCCUAAUCUAGUCUCCCACUUAAGCGAUCUUUUCUUUGUGCAUCUUGGCUGCAGUUUUCCCUUUUUACAACGCGAGCGUUUUUUGCAGGACUUGAAGGACAAAAAGGUCGACACCAUGUUGGUGGAUGCGGUCUGUGCAUUGGCCGCCAGAUUUUCCCCCCAUCCUUUGCUGGGACCUGCUCAAGUACCACCCAUCGAUCACUCACAGUUGCCGCCGGAUCCCAAACUCUGGGACCGAGGUUUACCCUUUGCUCACCGAGCAACGAGUGCGCUAGUCGAUUCUCUCUCGUGUCCUACUCUCUCGGGUGUUCAAGCCUGUCUAUUGUUAGCAUAUGAGCAGUUCGGGUCUAACCGCGAUAGCGGGCUUUGGAUGUACCUUGGUAUCUCCAUUAGAAUGGCCCAAGACCUUGGUUUACAAAAAUACCAAGGCUUGAAGCACGACUAUGGCCAAAAGGGUGUAACACCCAGUGAAGUGAUGACUGGCCAAGCUGGAAAAUGGAGAGAUGAUCAGUACGACGAUUUUGAUGUUUACCAAAGCCCCAAAACUGUUCCGCCUAUUCUUGACACGGAACGAGCAAUCGAACGGGAGCGAGUCGAUUCCUUCUGGAGCAUAUUCUUCCUUGACAGAGUCAUCUCGUCUGGUACAGGACGGCCUGUUACGCUGCGCGACGAAGAUAUCGAGCUGUGCUUCCCCCUUCAAUCCGAAUCACAGUUGCCUAACGGAUGGCCCGCGCCAUUCCCACCCCUUAUUCGAAUCAUCCAUCUUUACGGUCGAGUGACAGAUCUGAUCAACGGCAUCCAAGAUGUCAAUCACGUCACUCCUGAUACGCUGAAGAGACUCGCAGGCAUGGAAAGCGACCUGACCGGCAUCUAUCAAAGGUUGUCGCCAAGGCUCCAUUUCAACGCUGCAAACUUCCAAGCAUACGUUAAGGCCAAAGAAGGAACCAACUUCAUCCUUUUACAUUUCUGGUUUCACACACUCAUUGUGCUCCUUCACCAACCGACAUUGCUGCACUCCUUCGGUGGAUCAAUACAGCAUCUCUAUCCCAACAGUCGCGAACUAUCGAUGUCCUCGGCUAAGACGAUCGCCGAUAUUCUCUCAUUUUCGGAACUGGUAGAUGGGAAGAGCUUCAUCGGCAAUCCCUUCACAAGUCAACCUAUGUACAUUGCAGCAUGCGCUUUUCUGAUGGAGAGCGCAUACUACUCUUCACCAUCAUCGACGGGCACCUCUCCCCCAUCCCAAUCACUUUUAUCGGGUCAGUCCAGUGGGUUUGUGAUGCCCAAUAUGGAGUCAUCUCACGGUUCAGAGAGAAAGUCUAAUGCCAGGCACAUUCUUCUCGCUUCUGCUGCCAAAGAGAACUAUCAGCGUUGUUACAAAGCUUUGAAGGCACUGGACGCCUACUGGGAGGGUACUAGAUAUAUAUUGACCGUGCUUGAUCAGAAAGCCAAGGGAAUCGUCGACCCGCUCCUUUAUACGGAAGAGGAUAUGGAAAACACUACAGGUCUGGAUUCUCUACAGCAAUUUGCUCCAGGUGGGUGGCCCGGGUCCAAGCCUGCGGACUUUAGUCAGACCUUUGAAAGGCCUCAAGGCGUGGCUGAUAUUCCAUCAGAUGGGAAAUGGUCACCAAGGAUUGACCCAAGCCAAGCAAUUGGAUGGGCACUCACUGGAGCCACAAACUCUUCACAGCCCAACUUGAGUUUACUCUAUCAAAUGCCCACGACUACACACACCGAUGCCCCUCCGGAUAGGCCGACCUAUUCUUCCCAAUACAGCCACAGCUACCCACCCCUACAUGCACAAACCAAUGCUGCGCAAAACUCCAAUUCUAGCUUUGCGCAGGCGGUCACCCGUGAUGACAGCAUGCCAUCAUCUAUCGCCCCGAAAUACUCCGGCAUGCCGCCGCGAACAAUCAACGCCAAUUCACCCUUCUUCUUACCGAUGGGCUCUCCAUUUCCCGAAUCAAGCUCACGCGCCUCAGGGAGAGCCCCACCAUAUAAUCAAAGUCUCUCAUCCACAAAGAUGGAUACCCACCCCUCCGCAUAUCAGUACGACAUAUCAUCAACCGAGCCACACGCAGGUGGUGGGAUGGUCUCUCAAGGCGAGAUGCACCCCGGUAUGCAUACGGACAAUAAUAGCAUGAUGAUCGAAAGCCACGACGUCGACAUGAGUUCCCUCCAUCAACCAGAUUCUUUCCCCUUCUCUAAUGGCGAGAUCCUUCCGUGGCUAGAAUACCUGCCACAGGAUGUUCUAAGCCUUUUUGGCGAACCCCAAAAUUAUCCACUCAUGAGCCCUGAGGAUACCACACCACGCCCUCAAUAA